AUGAAGAGUGAUGGUUGUCACUAUGAUUAUGGGCUUCGCGGACGACAACUGGAAACGCGAAAGAUGCACGGAAAUGGCGAAACGGAUGGGUCUCGGAUGCCUCAUCUACGCUCAACGGAACUUACAUAUCCGAACUCACCAAAAAAUGAACAUGAAGAACGACCUGACCUAGGAGGGAGGAAACGAGCGCUUUGGGUAGCUUAUAAGAGCAUCGAGGAGGUAGUGAAAAAGACCAGGAACACCUAA